CCUGAUCGAAGUAGCAAUCAGCUCUCAUCCUCAUCGGACUCAAACUUCCAAGUGAUCACCCCAACAAGUCUCUCUCAACCGUCUCAAUCUCCACCACCUCCACUUCAAUCCAUUCCUCUUGUGAGAGUUGAAAGUCCCAAAUCUCCCCCCAAGUCCCCCUUGGAUGGUAACGUGGACUCUCAAAAGCGCUCCUAUCUCCUCAAUUUCCUCCUUCCUCAUCGAGGACGUUCAAACGGAGUUGUUGGAAAGCCAAGGUGUAAAGGGGGAGUUGGUGGAGGAAAUACUGGUUGUCCGGAGUUUGCAUUGUCUACUCGGCUUGAUACCCCAGACUGA